AUGGAUGUUCUGAUUAUGCCAAUCCUCAUUCUGGGUGUUGAACAGGUUGGACAUGCGGUGGCCUUCGUUAAGAACAUCGUUCGUGCCAUAUUUUCGAUUCAGCUCGAUAUCCGUUUGAUCUACCCGACCUCGAAACAUGCGAAUUGCUCGCCAGAAGUCGGUGCUCUUGGCGAGUAUUGGACUGGGGAUAGCUCUCAGCGACGAGAGGAAGAUAUCCCAAACGAGCUUGGUCAGGACCAGCAGACCACAACCCCCUGCUUUCACAGGUCGCCAGGAAGCGAAACAAGUAGUGCCAUUGUCCUGGUUGAUGCAGGUGCAGUAUCCUGGAUCACUCGCAGAGGCUCGGAGGAAGAGGGAUUGCAAAGCGCUUCAAAGUUCAAGACAUCUUAA